AUGGUCAAGAAUUUGUGCAAUCAAAUGCAAAAGCUCUCCCGUGUUCUACGCAAUUUCAAUAUUACAAAAAUAAGUGAUUUGGAAUUAAUAUCGAAUAGCACUGAUCGCCUCGAUAUAACAUUUCAUUUCUUUGGCGUUAAGGGUGAUUCGAAUCGGAUACGUGAAGCCAUUACACGCAUGGUGGAAAGGGGGCGUAUCGGUAAUAUAACAUUGGUUUCCAACUAUCAUCUAUUCGAUGAAAAUCCUCCCCUAAAUCUCUUGGAUUUAUCUGUCAAUCAGAAACAAAUAAUACGUGAAGAUAGUCAAUUCAUAUUGUCGUGUACAGCUCAAGGAUCGGCACGUAUGCAAUUCCGCUGGUAUAAGGAUGGUGUUGUUGUCAAUGCCACCAAGGCAACCAGAGAAAUCUGGACAACCGUUUUGCCACCGGAAUCCAAAGAUGUCUUCACUGCCAUUUUGGGUAUUUCGAAAGCCACUCGGUUGGAUGAGGGCAUCUAUACCUGUAAGGUCAUUGACUGGGGCGUUGAGCAGUGCCGUUCGCUGCAUGUCCACAUUAAAUCCCCACCUCGCCUACGCGUAGACCCUGCCAGCGUUACUCUCCACAAAGGCGACUCCCUGCGUGUUCGAUGCCUUUCACCCGGCAAUGAUGAUAUCAAACGCUAUGCCCAACUUGGCUACAGUUGGUCACGCAACGGUCAGCUGUUUCAAUCCGAUCCCAAGACCGUUAUGUGGGAAGAUCUCUAUCCGGAUGGUAGUAUUUUAAAAAUAAAUAAUAUACAAAAAUCUGCCGAAUAUACCUGUGUGGUUUCGAAUACCGUCAAACCGGUAUCGAAGAGUGUCUACAUCACGGUCAUUGAUCGCAGUGCUGUUCAUGUUUGUCAUGCUGAGUCGGCCUAUGGGGUACAUUGGCCCACAAGUGCCCCGGGAGGGGUGCCUGUCAUCUCCGAUUGCCCUCGUGGCUUUGAGGGUUUCUCGAAGCGUACAUGUGAAAAACGAGAUGCCGGCAACACUACAUGGCUGACGCCAGAUUUUUCUAAUUGUAUUCGUGAUCACUUGCUGAGAAUUUAUAAUGAAUUUCGUGCCCUUACUUCGGGAUUCCAGCAGACAAAUACAUCGGAUUUGCUAAAGGCUAGCUUGGAUUAUACGCUGAGGAGGUAUAAGCAUUUUUUGCCAGGAGAGGCGGGUUUCCUGAUUGAUAUGUUGCAUGAGCUCGAUAAUUAUUUGCAAUUGAAAGGCUCUCAACUGGAACGUGAAAUGGCUGCUGAGAUAAUUUUGCAUAUUUUAGAUAAAGUCAUGCAAAAUCCACAAUCAUUGAACAGUCAACAGCAAAUUAAAAAGUUGCAACUUUUAACGCAAUCAGCCGCAUUGAACCGUGAAACAAUUGCAGCUUCACAAUUAGCAACGUCAACAUCAACGGGCGGCAUCAGCCAGGCAGCUGCUGCUGCUGCCACAUCUUCAGGUUCUUCAACUUCCAACAAGGGAUCCCUGUCCUCUUCCUCCAGCAUCUCCGUAUCAUCAUCAUCGUCGUCGUCUUCCAUUUUAACUUUAACCCAGCCAUCGCGAAUAGAUGCCAUUGAAGAUGUUGAUGUUUUGAAGGCCAAUCCGGGUGUGGCUGGCAUUGGCCAUUUGGGAGUUGCAGGCGGAAACAACCGACAAACUUUGUUAAAAACUGACAUUUCACAGUCUGUCGCUAAUGGAGCAACGGCUGGUGCAAUGGAUGCAACUGCGGGUGGCGUUGCUGGCGGUGUUCUAACAGUUGAUGAAGAUUCUUUGUCGUUGGACCGUCUAAACUCGUUGCGCAUCUAUAUGACGUCCAUAAAAACUUUACCCUUCAAUUUACGCAUUUAUGGUGAUAAUUUAUUUUCGGAUCAGCUUUACAUGGACAUUGGUUUAUCGAAUCGUUUGCUCAACAUUAUGGCCAAUAAUACGAUAUUUGCCUCGGUUAUAUCAUAUAAAAAUCUGAAAAGUUUUCUGCCCAAAACCUACUAUACACGUGGAAGUGAUCCCAAAGAAUCUGAUUACAUUCUGGCAUCGCGCAUCAUUCAAACCUGGCUCUUUCAAUCGAAUCGGUCUAAUGAUAAUUUACGCGAACCAUUGGAUUUACCCUUCGAACAUGGACAUGUAGAGAUUAUGUUCCAACACGAACCGGCGCCCAAGGAUGGUGAUUGGAUGGCUGUGUGUGGCCAUGAUUAUAAAGCAUCAUUCGAAAGCAGUUGGCGUUCAGAUUUGUGCAUAACCAAAAAUCUAAGGGAGAAUAUAACACAUUGUAUUUGCCCCGUAUCGGGUACUUAUGUGGUAAUGCUAACCAAACGUAAUAAUCAUUUACAUCACUUGGCCACACCGCCACGUCCCAUGUUCGUCAUCAUUAGCUGUGUCUGCUGUUUGCUGCAAUCGUGCUCGGCCUUCAUCAUUCUGCUGCCCAUUUGGUUUAAUCGCCAGUGUGCCAUAACAUUUUUGAAAAUGCAAUUUUGUGUUUCGACUUCGAGCAUAAUGGUCAUAUUUUUACUGGGAUUUUUGAAAAUGCUGCCAGUGAACUGGCAACCGGUAAUUAGUUCAUCACUGGCAUCAUUGCUGCUCUUGGGUAUCUCUACACUAAUUGCUAUUGCAUUAGUGAUACACUCGGAAUUGGUGCCGAAAAAGGUAAUGCACCACCACCAACAACAACAACAACAACAGCAUCAACUAAAUAAGAAAUCCGCAACAAAUUCUGCAACAACGACAAAAGCUGGUAACACCGGUAACAUAAUGACCACCGUGGCCAGUGGAUCGCCGCCACACAAAACCCCAUCGGCAACAACAAAAGCAACCACUACGGCACUGAAGAAAACCAAACACUCCAAAAUGGACCAGGAAAAGGCCACAACACCAUUGUCGGCCUCAUCAACAUCGGCAACAUCUGAUUCGCUGGCCAGCAGCAAUAACAUAAGUAUCACCCAAAUUAGUGGCACCACUACAACGCCGGUUCACAAUGCCCGGAAAGAUUCGGACACAUCGCGCAAUGAUGGCAAUUCACAGCAUACCCUGCUAAGACGUUCGGCAUCGGCAUUGUUGAAGCCACCGGCAAGAUUUAGCAAGACAAUGUCCCGGAGUAGUAGCAGCAGGAGUGGUGGUGGUGGUGGUGCUGGGAAACAAACGACCAUGGCCGCAUCUGGUGUCAGAGGAGCCAUUGGCAUUAGUUGGUUACUACCGUUACUAUUUGCGAUAACAUCGCCUUUAAUUUGUACAAUUAACGGUAAAUGGCCACAGAACUGGUGGCUGGAAAUUAUGAGCCAUUCCAUGACUUCAUCAGGAGGAGUAGCAGCAGGAGUAACCAUGUCCACAACAGCUGCUGCUGCCGCUGCAGCCGCUUAUGGCACAACAACAGCAACAUCAUCGUUCGCAACAACGACAACAAUUACAGAUGGUUUCACACAAUUACGCAGCCAUUUAACACCAACAACACUGGGCAGCGAACCACCCCCACCUCUGCUAAGCAAUGGCGAUAGUGUGUUGGAAUUUAAUGCCACGACCACAAUGCAAAGUGCGGAUAUGGGAGCCACAUCCUAUACCUCGCCAGCUACUUUAUGGUCACCCACAUUCUCAUCAUCGCAGUCAUCAUCCUCUGCUGCUGACUCCAUGUUAUCCUCGUCCUCGUCGACUGCCGGCAUGAUUGGACCAUCCUUAAGUUUUAUUUUAUUUCUGUGCGUUGAUAUUUUGUUCAUUUUGUUAUUCUUUGCCCUAUUUGCGAUUUUAAUCAAAAAACUUUUAUGGCUGUGGCAUAAAAAUCGUCGUGGCCCAAACAAUGCCAUGCAUCAACUAGAUAAAUUCAAUACAGCGAUGAGACAAAGAAUUGGUCUAUUGUAUCGCACUGGCUGCCUGCUGUUAAUCAAACUGUGCACUGACGCCCUAUUCAUUGUAUAUAGUAAUACAACAACAAUAACACUGGAAACAUGGUGGUGUUAUCCAUUUGGCAUAUCGUGUAUUUUGAUGGGCUUUACCAUACUCUGCUGUUUUGUGAUAAAACCUGAAUCACCUUUGCGCCAUGACAAGGGUGCCUUGGGUCGCUACUCGUCGAGUGAUAAUCUAAAAAAGAAACUCAGUUCCAGUAAAACAAGUUUAGAUGAUAACUACUGUACAGGGACCAUUAAUACACCAAUUAGUUUUUACACAAAUCAUGAAAAAGAAUCUGAACUUAGCAGCUCAGCACCACCGUUGAUGCACAAAACACCACCAUCACCGGCUCGACGACAUCAAUUGGAGUUGAGUGCUGUUGCUGCCUCGGCUGCUGGAGCGGCAUCAUGUCAAAUGCCGGGCUUAACCAUAAUCUCCACAGCUCCACGUUGUCAAAUGUUGCCUUUGCUGGCGGCGACAGCAGCCUCACAACAGGAACAUCAUCACGUGGCAAGUGUGGAGACGUUUAUUGGCCCGACACAACCUCCGCCACCAACAUCCAUGGGUACCAUAACCCUUAACAAUGGCAAUCCCAUGGCUUCGGCCUGCAGUACCUUGGAACGCAAGUCGGCCGGCAAACAUAUGACGACAUGUUUGCAGCAACAGUUCCAACAUCAGCAUCAUCCACAUCCCGGCAAUUCACAAUCGUCGUCAACUUCGGCGACAUUGACAUCAAUAACAUCUCCACGAGCCAUGAGAUGCUGCAACAUAUUGGGUGGAAAUGUCAAUGUGGCCGGAGAGCGACUUAGCAAUAGCAGCACGACGGGUGGAAAUUGUGUACAACAACCACAACAUCAUAUUGCCGUUAUGCCACAAGUUGUUUCUGGCAGCUCCAUGGGUUACUAUGAUGCAUAUGGAACUGCUGCAACGUCAGCGCUUAACAUGCCACCACCACCGUCAGCAUCCAUGACGGGUAGCUUAAGUCGAAGAAGUCAUUUGUCCGCAACACAUGCUCAACAAGCAUCUAGCGGCGAUUAUAUCGGUGCCGAGCAUUUGGAUAUAUUGCAGAAUGUUGCCGGUGAUACCAUCAUUGGCAUACGUUCCAGUGGAAAUCCCCUGAAUAUGUGUCCCACUGCAACAUCAUAUCACCAUCAGGCUGGACAUCAUAAUACGCAAAUGUUGCCAUCCGGUGCCACUAUCGUAUCCAUAAGUGGUCUGGCGAAUAAAGUACAAGCGACAUCGCAGUCACAGCCACCACUACCACCACCACUCUCCUCCUCCUCGUCCAUUGUGGCCAUGGCAAUGCCAUCAGCUCUGCAAUCCUGCAAUAGUUAUACAAUGCCAACAGGGCCACAGCCAACAACUGCAACAACAGCGGCAACAAUGGUCACCACAACAUCGGUAACAACACAAACACCAAAAACUCAAAAACGUGUAACCAUUAUGGAACCGACGACACACACAUUCGAUCCACUGUUGCCAACAAUGGUGGCCGUUAUGCAGGGUACCACCAAUGCAACGACGGCGACGGCGGUCGCGUCAACGAAUUCUGGACAACACCAACAGCAGCCGCAGCAGCAGUCGGGUCAGCAAUCAAAUAGUGGCAUACCUAAAAUUAAUACAAACAAUAGCGGUAAUGUAAACAGUGAGGAGGGCAACAAAGCGAAUAGUGCUGGUGGUGGUGUUGGUGAAGUUGAGGAUACCUCAGCCAUGCUGGACCGCAUUAGUCACGAUUUGAAUUAUUUACUCAAUGGAGCCGAAGAUGAUGAUCAAAUACCACCACCACCAAAACCACCAACGAGUUCCAUACCCAAUGAAACUUCGGCAAAUGCUGAGGUGAUAUUUAGUAAAAAGGAUAUGCUGUAAUGCAUGUCGCACUAAGAAGAUCCAACUAAAGAGGAAUCAAUGAAGAAAACAAAAAAGACGAAAAAACACAAAGACAGGGUUAGUUAGGUUUUGUAGAAAUAAAAGAAAGAUAAAAAUUAAAUUAUUUUAAGUAAAAAACA